GAAAACGUUUACCAUGAGACAGAACGCGGAAUAAUUUCAGAGAUACUGUCACCUCCACGUGAAAUUUCCUUGGGAAAACGUGGUCGUUGGCUCCGCCUCCGGAAAUGUGUCACAAGGUCAACAGACCCUCACACAGGCAACGCGACCAAGAUGGCGGCCUCCUUGUGUCACUGUUACCAGCACUAUGCCAGGAGGGGUUUAGUAUUACUGACUACACGCACUUGUUCAUCCACAUAUGAGAGCUCCCGUGUGCACAGGAUAUGUGGGUCUCUCACAAGUGCCUCACAGGUACGGUAUUUAUCAGCAGACAGAGGAGGGCGAAAAGGCUUCUUAGGUGAAUUUUUGGACAGCAUGAAGCAGGAGCUGGGCAAAAACAAGGAGAUGAAGGAGAGCAUCAAGAAAUUUCGCGAGGAGGCCAAAAAGCUGGAGGAAUCAGAUGCACUUCAACAAGCUCGGCGGAAAUAUAAAACCAUUGAGUCUGAAACAGUGAGGACUUCAGAGGUGCUGAAGAAGAAGCUGGGGACGCUGUCAGAAACAGUCAAAGAGGGUUUAGAAGAGGUCGGCCGCUCGGACAUUGGGAAAAAAAUCAUGGAGGGAAUGGAGGAAGCUGCAAAAACAGCCAAGCAGUCAGCAGAGAGUGUCUCUAAGAGUGGAGAGAAGCUGGGAAAGACUGGAGCCUUUCGAGCAAUUUCACAGGGUAUGGAGAGCGUAAAAAAGGAAAUCGGAGACAUUGGACAUAGCGGACCUUACAAAGCACCCACUAGGUUACGGAAGAGAAGUGACUUCUCAUCUAAAGCAGCGGAGGCUGAAGCCAAAGUUUUUGAUGCCAAUGAGGAGGCAACAGGUGUCGUGCUUCACAAGGACUCGAAAUGGUUCCAACAGUGGAAAGACUUCAAGGACAACAAUGUAGUUUUUAACAGAUUCUUUGAAAUGAAGAUGAAAUACGACGAGAGUGACAAUGCCUUAAUCAGAGCGUCUCGUGCAGUCACGGAUAAGAUGACAGAUCUUAUAGGUGGCUUGUUCUCCAAGACUGAGAUGUCUGAAGUUCUCACUGAGAUCUUGAAGGCAGACCCCAACUUUGAUAAAGACUCAUUUCUAAAACAAUGUGAGAAGGACAUCAUUCCCAACAUCCUGGAGGCUAUGAUUCAAGGAGAGCUUGAGGUCCUCAAGGAUUGGUGCUAUGAAGCUACUUAUAGCCAGUUGGCCCAUCCAAUUCAGCAAGCUAAAGGAAUGGGACUGCAGUUUCACUCGAAGAUUCUUGACAUCGACAAUGUAGAUCUGGCCAUGGGGAAAAUGAUGGAACAAGGCCCUGUCCUCAUCAUUACUUUCCAGGCACAGUUGGUGAUGGUGAUCCGUAACACCAAGGGUGAAGUGGUGGAGGGUGACCCGGAGAAAGUCCUCAGGAUGAUGUAUGUUUGGGCUUUGUGUCGAGACCAGGAGGAGUUCAACCCCUAUGCUGCCUGGAGGCUGCUGGACAUCUCAGCCUCGAGCACAGAGCAGGUCCUCUGAGUUGCUUGAGGACACACACACACACACACACACACACGGUUCAGAAUGGAAGGAAGUGGCUGUGCACACACUCUCCACUGUGUGACACUUUCCCUAAAGCAUGACUGUACUACAUGGGCUGUGUCGUAUCACUGGACCUGAGAGUGAUGUAACAUGGUUGGAUGGACGUGUGACUCUCAGCUGAUUGUGUUGCAUUUAUGCUGCAGAUUUGUGUUCAGUUCCUCCCUACACAGUAGGGUCAGUGGUAAAGCAGUGCCAUUUAUAUCAAAUAAUGACCUUAAAGGGAUAGUUCAGCCAGAUAUGCUAACUCAGCUAUCAGUCAGUGGAAAGGCUCAAAAGCCAAUGUAACUCUGAAGUCCACCUAUUAUUAGCUACAUUCUCAUUUUUUGCCCAUCUUUAAUGGUUGAGAUUUGAAUUAUAGAAUCAUUCCCAAAAGUUUAAUAUCCAAUAAACUAUAACUGUAAGAACCUAUUUGAAGUUUUUAAUCACAUUUAAAAAUGUGGCAAACGUUUGCAAGAUUAAUCCUUAAACAGGAAGUUACACAUCUUGGCUGGAAAAUAACAUAAUUUUUCAGGGUUUUUUUUAAUGAUACAGUGUGUAAUACAGUUUUAAAGUGAAGUGGACUCUGUAAUUAAAAAAAAAAAAGAAUCAGGAAAGAAAUUCUGCUUUUGCCAAGGCAUAAACUCAUACAUUACAAAUUGAUUUUUAAAAUAAAUUAGAAAAAAGGUUGACUGUAUAAAUUAAGUCUAUUGUGAAUGUUCAAAUUCACUUGAAGGAAACAUUUUGUACUGGCACCCUGUCCAGGGUGUACCCCGCCUUGUGCCCGAUGCUCCCAUGGAUUGGCUCCAGGUUCGCCCGCGACCCUGAAGAAGGAGUAAGCGGUAGAAGAUGGAUGGAUGGAUGGAUGGAUGGAUGGAUGGAAACAUUUUGUCAGAAUGAAAUUGAGUGAGGAUAUGUUUUGUGUUUGAAGUUUGCUUCUUAUGAACUGUAAGGCUAAUGUAGCUAACAGGGAAGCUUAUAGACACCAGUUUAGUAUUCGUGAAACUUGAUUAUUGAAUGCCUCAAUAAUCACACACAUUUUAAAAGAGAGUGUGAUUGAGGCAUGGUUUGUGCCUGUCAGUGUCAUUGAAGAAAGUGUGGCCUCUGAACCUUUCGGUAUCAGCACAGGGGGUGUGACCUCUGUAUCUGUCAGUAUCAGUGUAGGAGGAGAGGCCUCUAGCACUUUUGUUCCACUAAAAUUUAUUUGUUUAUUGAAUCACACUGAACCUGCUCUAAAUCAUAUACUAAUUUGUUGGCUGCUUCAAAUAUAUUUGAUCGUUAAUCAUGUACAGUGUGUAUUAUCAUCUCAAAAAUUGCAGAUAUACACUGCAGCAUGAGAAAGACGGUUGACUAACACAGAAAUGGUUAGAUUUAUAUUCCAGCUCUGAAAAAAAUGAUGAACAAGCACAUGCAUUCAUCCAUCGCUGAGCUUGGCUAUUUCAGGCCUGUCUGCCGUGAUAAAUCCCCCUGCUGAGGCUCACAGCUCCUCAACACCCACAUCCCUCAGUAUGAUUCUCAUGGGUGCCAGCAAAUACAACACACCUCCACAGCCUGCUGUUGCCUGAAACCAUAUGUGAUUGUGUUCAUCUGUAUUAACCAAUAGAUAAUUUACACUGUAAAACAACAACUCUGACUCUGCAAGCAUAAAAUAUGCUCAUUAUCAUAAUUAAUUUCUUUAACAGAAUGAGAAUUGGUCAUUCCUUGCUACUUCUCAGAGGCAUGUGACUCAGCAAGAGCAUGCUUUAGAAUAAAUAGCACGUCUCUGAUGUCUCCAUAAAUGGCCAACAGAGUGAAGAGACACGCAGGAACACUGAGCUUGCAGAUUAGAGACACUCUACAGUCAGUGGCUGUGUGUCUGCAUGCAGGAGCCUCAUGGGCAACACGGUUCUUCAAUGGUCAGCAGAAUCCAGAAGUGAGCUCAAGCCAAAAUUAAAUCUGUGAUCACCCCAGACACGGACAUGCCAUCUCUAUUAAUAAAAGCCAUAAGGCAGCUUCUUUACGAGAAUCUAUAAUUCUGUCCUGGAAGGAAGCGAUGGCUAAUUUGGUUUGUAUUGAUCAAUGAGUCUUGUGCUGGCUUGACAAUGUCCCAGUUGUGGCUUUGAAGAGAACACUUUGUCACCAGAUUUAACGUGGAGGCAGACAUGCCUCGGUCGAGCUCCAAACCAGCAUAAAUCACAGACUCGACCUCAUCUCUCUAGUGGCAGACUGAAGUUCCUGCUUCAAAACCAGCACAAAUGUCUUCUUAACUAAACAGUUCCGCCAGAUAUCAAACCGAAUCAGAGUCUCUCUCCUUGGAUAUAGUAGUAGUAGUCAAGACAUUGGGUGUAUAACAUUUGUUUCUUUUGUUUUGCACUGGAACUACAAGACUAAUGUAGCUAAUGAGUAAUAGAAGUAUGUCUCACCCAAAGUCUGAAAUCUUCUUAUACUUGCUUCAAUCUCAUUUUUAAAGUAAACAGUUCAAUGUAUUUAAGUGGAACUAUAUAUUUUAAGAGAUAAACAGACAAGGAGGUGUGUAAUGCAGCCAGACAAGAAGCGGAGAUACUUUUACCACUCUGUAGAUGAUUAUAUCCCAAUAUGUUUUAUUCCUCUCAUACCACAGCAAUUUGCCAAUGAUUAGUUUUUAUUUAUUAAAUACUGACUUUUUAUCCUUUUUUUUUAGAUACAUUCAAUGUUGUGUAAUGUUUGUGAGACAAGUUAGUUCGUGUUGUUACUUGCAUUAUAACAGUUAUUUAUAUAUUAAAAAAAAUAAUUCCCUCA